AUGGCGAAGAUGACAAAGAGACGUGACAGUGAUGCGGAUGCAGAGCCAGCGAUCAAGCCCAGUGCGAGCAAGCGAGCACGGAAGACUGUAGAUGCAUCCGAGUUCAAGUCAGCAGUCGUCGGUGACGACUUACGAUUACCGCUGACAGAUGCCGAAAUCUUCUAUCUGCCUGACUUCGUGAGCGUCCAGAAAGCUGAGCAAUGGCUCAGACAAAUUGCCAAGAUCGACGGAUGGUAUCGGCCGACGUUGAAGAUGUAUGGGCGAGAGAUCACGCAGUCUCGCGAGAUAGCAGCCUACGCCACAGAUCGAUCACUAUCAGUGAAGUACUCUGGUACGACUGUACAGAUGCGCUACGACUAUCCGCCAGUCUUGCGUGAGAUCCAGAGAUGUGUAGAAGCCCAGCUCGAGACGACAUUCAAUCAUGUCAUGCUCAAUAAGUACGAUUCAGGCAAUGUAUAUAUCGGCAAGCACGCCGAUAAUCUUGAGAACCGGGUGAUCGCCAGUGUGUCGCUGGGCGCUGAGCGCACCUUCAUCUUAUCGCACAAGAAGCCUCCAACAGAUUCUCCCGCCAAGGCGACGGGCGAUCCGUUCAGCAGGGCGAAGCGCGCGAACCAUGACGUUGCGGACCCUUAUCAUCGAUCGUUGAAGCUAGCGAGCGGCUCUCUGCUUGUCAUGCAGGGAGAAACGCAGCAGCAUUGGAAACACGAGAUACCCAAAGAGCCACGAGUGAAGCAUCAGCGGAUAUCUUUGACGUUCCGCCAGCUGGUGUUUUGA